CUCUCGGGCGCGCGGGCGGCGGGCGCACUCGCGGUCGCACGGACAGCAGGAGCGCACGUCCACUGCAGGCGCCGCGGGUCGCGAGAACUUUGUCUGCUGCUGCACAGCCGAGUUUCCGGGGGAUUGAGUGAGCCCAGCAGGAACCGAAAAUGCCGAAACCAAUCAAUGUGCGGGUCACCACCAUGGACGCGGAGCUGGAGUUCGCCAUCCAGCCGAACACCACCGGGAAGCAGCUCUUCGAUCAGGUGGUUAAGACCAUCGGCCUCCGGGAAGUGUGGUACUUUGGCCUCCAGUAUGUGGACAAUAAAGGAUUUCCUACCUGGUUGAAACUUGAUAAAAAGGUGUCUGCCCAGGAGGUCAGGAAGGAGAACCCCCUCCAGUUCAAGUUCCGGGCCAAGUUCUACCCUGAGGACGUGUCUGAGGAGCUCAUCCAGGACAUCACCCAGAAGCUGUUCUUCCUCCAGGUGAAGGAGGGGAUUCUCAGUGACGAGAUCUACUGUCCUCCUGAGACAGCGGUGCUCCUGGGGUCCUACGCUGUGCAGGCCAAGUUCGGAGACUAUAACAAAGAGAUGCACAAGUCCGGGUACCUCAGCUCUGAGAGGCUGAUCCCUCAAAGAGUCAUGGACCAGCACAAACUCACCAGGGACCAGUGGGAGGACCGGAUCCAGGUGUGGCACGCGGAACACCGCGGGAUGCUCAAGGACAGUGCCAUGCUGGAGUACCUGAAGAUCGCACAGGACCUGGAAAUGUACGGAAUCAACUACUUCGAGAUCAAAAACAAGAAAGGAACAGACCUCUGGCUUGGAGUCGAUGCCCUUGGACUAAAUAUUUAUGAGAAAGAUGAUAAGUUGACGCCAAAGAUUGGUUUCCCCUGGAGUGAAAUCAGGAACAUCUCUUUCAAUGACAAGAAGUUUGUCAUUAAGCCCAUCGACAAGAAAGCACCUGACUUCGUGUUCUAUGCCCCCCGGCUGAGAAUCAACAAGCGGAUCCUGCAGCUCUGCAUGGGGAACCACGAGCUGUACAUGCGCCGCAGGAAGCCGGACACCAUCGAGGUGCAGCAGAUGAAGGCUCAGGCGCGGGAGGAGAAGCACCAGAAGCAGUUGGAGCGGCAGCAGCUGGAAACGGAGAAGAAGAGGAGGGAGACGGUUGAGCGGGAGAAGGAGCAGAUGCUGCGGGAGAAGGAGGAGCUGAUGCUGCGCCUGCAGGACUAUGAGCAGAAGACCAGGAGGGCCGAGAAAGAACUCAAUGACCAGAUCCAGAGAGCCCUCCAGCUGGAGGACGAAAGGAAGCGGGCCCAGGAGGAGGCGGAGCGACUGGAGGCUGACCGCGUGGCUGCGCUCAGGGCCAAGGAGGAGCUGGAGAGACAGGCGGCCGAUCAGAUAAAGAGCCAGGAGCAGCUGGCUGCGGAGCUCGCCGAGUACACUGCCAAGAUCGCCCUCCUGGAGGAGGCGCGGAGGCGCAAGGAGGACGAGGUUGAGGAGUGGCAGCACCGGGCCAAAGAAGCCCAGGACGACCUGGUGAAGACCAAGGAGGAGCUGCACCUGGUGAUGACCGCGCCGCCGCCCCCGCCGCCCCCGGUGUACGAGCCCGUGAGCUACCACGUGCAGGAGAGCCCGCAGGAGGAGGGCGCGGAGCCCAUGGGCUACAGCGCCGAGCUCUGCAGCGAGGGCAUCCUGGACGACCGCAACGAGGAGAAGCGCAUCACCGAGGCCGAGAAGAACGAGCGCGUGCAGCGGCAGCUGCUGACUCUGAGCAACGAGUUGUCCCAGGCCAGAGAUGAGAACAAGAGGACCCACAACGACAUCAUCCACAACGAGAACAUGCGGCAGGGCCGGGACAAGUACAAGACCCUGCGGCAGAUCCGGCAGGGCAACACGAAGCAGCGGAUCGACGAGUUCGAGGCCAUGUAAAGGCCGGGCCUGAGGGUCCCGGGCAGACACGUCACGCUUGGCUCUUUAGUACUCUAAAUCUAGAAGCCCCUCAACAUGUUCCAGGUCCCUUAUAAAAAGAGCGGUUCCCCAGCAGAAGCCUCUCUGGUUUGUUCUUCCCAAUUGUAUGCUAGUGCCAAACAGGCCUGAUUUUUAUGAGAAUUAUUGAAUCACUUCCUGUUUUAUGCUUGAAGCAGGACUGAUGGAAUUAAGGAAAGAUUCCUGUAAAGUCUGAGUGACAAACUUCAUGCUGGCCUGUGUGAUCCAAGGUGCAGUAUCAUUAAAGAAAACCACACCGUGGCUUACAUCUGUGCCAUACUUUUUCUGUUUUUGAAAUGAACUCAAAAUUGAUUUGUUCUUGAUUUCUGUGAAGGGUCCAUCUCUGUAUAUUUUUGUUGAGGAGUGACAAUUAUUUUGAAAAUUGAGUCUAAAAGCACUCUCCACACAGUGAUUUCCUUUCUCCAGACAUUCAGUUCUGCUGGCAAAAAUCUGCAGUGGUCAUUCAGAAUGAACGGUACAGGAGGACUCUCCGGUAAAGUUUUUUUUUUUUUUUUGCUUAACAGUUAGAAUACACUGUUGGACUUAUAUUCUUAAUUAAUGAUCAGCUAUAGAAUAUAGUAUUUAUAUAUGUGAUAAUAUGGGUUUGUAACAUUAGUUUUAAAAAGGGAAAGUUUUGUUCUGUAUAUUUUGUUACCUUUUACAGAAUAAAAUAAUUACAUAUCAAAAAAACCAUGUAACCACGGCCCUGGAACUGAUGUGACGUGAGGGCAGUAAUGAAACUGAUUACCUGCUGUAAUUGCAGUGUAAAAAUGUCUUAUGGAAUUCUUUGUGCACAUAACUGCACACUUCAAUUUUCUAAGAUUGUUCAGACUCCAACCAUGAAGGGACUCUGUCAUCAUGAAAACCUCUUUCUGAUCAAUUUCUAUUCUCUGCUAUGUCCUCAAAACCUAUCGACACAGUGGCUUUCACGAGCUGUUGGCUGGGCUCACUCCUGGCCCUUCUCUGCGGGUUGUCCUUUUUGGUUGUCUCAUGCCAACAAAUUCCACACUGCAGACACAAAAUAAAAGUUGUCCAAGGCGGUG